GUGGCAAUUCGUGUACAGAGAGUGCGGGCGAAUUGAGAGCUCUACAACGAUCAUUUACAUUCCUUCAGCAUCAAAGUCUUGUGGCUGAAUAUUUGGACAAUGGAACCAAGAGUCUGGCUGAUUACGGGAUGCUCUUCAGGUUUUGGAGAGCAAUUCGUUCGACAGAAUAUAGCACGCGGUGACAAAGUCAUUGCUACCGGCCGUAAUGCAGCCACCAAAUUAGCUCAUCUAAAAGAUACGGGAGCCGCAAUCCUAGAUCUUGAUGUGACCAUUUCGGAGGCUGAGAUAUUUUCCAAAAUCAACGAGGCCCAUCAGAUAUACGGUAGAAUCGAUGUGCUUGUGAACAAUGCCGGUUAUAUUGAAAGCGGUGCCGUGGAAGAUAUAUUUAUCGAUAGGAUACAACGAUCUCUAGACACCAAUUUCUUCGGCUCAUUGAAAGUCACCAGGGCCGUUCUUAGUAUUAUGCGGGAACAAAAAUCCGGUGUGGUGGGAUUUAUUGGAUCUAUGGGCGGAUGGACUGGGUACCCUGCUUCUAUUGCUUAUAGCUCAAGCAAGUUCGCUUUAGAAUGUCUUGCAGAUUGUCUCCAAGCCGAGUUUGCUGCAUUGUUCGAAAAUUGUGUGCGGUUCAUUAUCUUCGAGCCAGGAUACUUCCGCACUGAAGUCUUUGCGCCCACAAAGCCCUUAGUACUUCCUGCCAACAUCCCGGGCUAUGAGCCGUUCAAUCAGGUGUUGGCCAAGGGGUUAAACGAGCUAUACGGAAAUGAGGCCGGUGACUUGGUCAAAGGGGUUGCCCGUAUGAUUGACGUUCUGACUGGCACUGGAAUGGCAGCUGGAAAGGAAUUGCCCCCGCGUCUGCCUUUAGGCACAGAUGGUUUGGAGUCUAUACGUGCCAAAUGUCAAGCUACGUUGAAGAUAUGUGAGGAUUGGGAAGAUCUUAUCACUAGUACCGAUGUGGUGAUCGAAGCAAAGCAAUAGACAGGACGUUGACUUAUCCUGCAUAUAUACCUAUUUGCUACUGGUUUAGGGCUAGAUCCUCGGCCGUUAGAAAUGGCACGUCCACUGUUUGAAUGCUC